AUGGAAUGCUCGCCAGCUCAGAAAGGUGUGGUCACCUACACGCUUUCCCCGAAUAGAUACAACCCUAUGGCCGGAGCUUUGAAAAAUGCCGUCUUCAACACCUACCGCCGCACAUACCACCAGAUUCUAUACUGGUUGCCUCCUUUCGUUUUGGCAUAUUUCCUGAUGCAAUGGGCCAUUGAGAGAAAUGAAUAUCUUAACUCGAAGCCUGGGCGAGCGGAAAACGAGGGCGAAUAG